UUCAACCUCUCUUUAAUUCAUCAUCUUUUUUCUUUUUUCCCUUCUUUUUUCUUUUUUUCUUUUUCUCCUUCCCUGCCUACUGGGUUCCUUCAUUCACGCUUGGGUUCCUCGAACCCAAGCGUGCUAGGUUGAACCCAGGCCCUAGGUUCCUUCGAACCAAGCGCCCAGGUUCAACUCAGCACACCUGGGUUCGACGGAACCCAGGUGCUGCUUCGGGAACUCAGGCGUGGGUUCCUCGAACCCAAACCCUAGGUUCCUUCAAACCCAACGCCUGGGUUUGAUGGAACCCAGGCGGGUUGAGGAACCUAGGCGUGGGUUCGAGAACCCAAGCGCGGGUUCCUCGAACCCAAGCCCUGGGUUCCUACAAACCCAACGCCUGGGUUCGAUGGAACCCAGGCGGGUUGAGGAACCCAAGCAUGGGUUCGGGAACCUAGGCGCGGGUUCCUCAAACCCAAGCCCUAGGUUCCUUCAAACCCAGCGCUUGGGUUCGAUGGAACCCGGGUGCGGGUUCAAGUCGAACACGCUUGGGUUUUUUCUUCUGUUUCUUUGUUCUUCUAUUUCUUUGUUGGCUAUAGUGAUGCUUGACUAUCUUGGUAUGGGAUUUAGAGUUUUGAUAUGGGUUCUGCUUGCUUGAAUUUCAAGGUUCAGUUACGGUUGGUGUUAAUUGAAGGGAUGUUGCAUUUUUUGCAUUUUUCUUUUCUUUUACAGAUUUGGUAUAAGUUUGCAAUAUGAUUAAUUUGUUGAAUUUUUAUAAAUUUGGUAUAAGUUU